UGUUCUGCCUGUUUCCUGCAGCAGAGGAGAAGUAGGUGGUGACGAAAGCCUGGUCAGAUCCAACAACAGCGUAACCUCGACCAACACCACUAUACAAUGAAAUUAUCAUCAUUCAUACCCGCUUCUGAACUGCACUACUUCACACUUCUGCUGGUAACGGGUCUGUAUACUCCGGGGCGAGGAGAGAUAACCAGUUUGGAUGCUGGGAACAUCGAUGACAUCCUUAACAAUGCUGGGGUGGCUCUAGUCAACUUCUAUGCAGACUGGUGUCGAUUUAGUCAAAUGCUCCAUCCCAUCUUUGAGGAGGCGUCGAAUAUAGUGCGAGAGGAAUAUCCAGACCCUACACAGGUGGUGUUCGCCCGGGUGGACUGCGACCAGCACUCUGAUAUAGCACAGCGCUACAGGAUAAGCAAAUACCCCACACUGAAGCUGUUCAGGAACGGAAUGAUGAUGAAGCGAGAAUACAGGGGUCAAAGGUCAGUGACCGCAAUUGCUGAUUUCAUCCAUCAGCAGAGAGUGGAUCCAAUCAAAGAGAUGGAGAAUCUUGAAGAGACAAGCACUUUAGAUAGGAGUAAACGCACCAUCAUUGGUUACUUUGAGCAAAAGGACUCUGAUAACUACCGUACUUAUGAGAAAGUGGCCAACAUCCUGAGAGAUGACUGCGUUUUCCUGGCAGCUUUUGGAGAGGUGUCUAGGCCAGAGAGGUUCAGUGGUGAUAAUAUUAUCUAUAAGCCAAUAGGAGAGAAUUCUCCUGACAUGGUUUACAUGGGCUCACUCAUAAACUUUGACCUCAGCUACGCCUGGGCACAGGACAAGUGUGUGCCCCUAGUCCGAGAAAUCACCUUUGAAAAUGGAGAGGAACUGACGGAGGAAGGCAUCCCAUUCCUGAUUCUCUUCCAUCAGACGGAUGACACAGAGAGUCUGGAGAACUUUCAGCAUGAAGUGGCUCGCCAGCUUGUCAGCGAAAAGGGUUCUAUCAAUUUUCUUCAUGCUGAUUGUGAUAAGUUUAGGCAUCCUUUGCUACACAUUCAGAAGACCCCCUCUGACUGCCCCAUAAUUGCCAUUGAUAGUUUCCGUCACAUGUAUGUCUUCCCAGAGUUUAGCGACCUAGCGGUUCCAGGAAAGUUGAGGCAGUUUGUAUUGGACCUGCACUCAGGAAAGUUGCACAGAGAGUUCCAUCACGGGCCCGACCCAACUGACAGCACUCCAGGACAGCAGGAGACUGGAGAGGUGGCCAGUGAUCCCCCAGAGAGUUCGUUCCAGAAGUUGGCCCCCAGUGAGACACGUUACACCAUCCUCAGGGACCGGGACGAGCUGUGACAUCACAACCACAUCAAGACCCAAACCAGAACCCAGCAGUCAGCCACUGCCACUGUCUGCGCAACCUCUAUUUUCAUAAUUUUUAUUUUAGAUAAAAAAGAAGGUGAACCCCUGAGCAUUUUUGGGGUGGGGACGAAGAGGAGCAUUUUACUUCUUGUUUUUGGAGCUUGUAAAUAUGUUUGUGCUCUGUGGGUCAGUCGUGUCUAAAUUAACAAUAAGAUUUUUUUAUUUUUUUUUUGGUCUACCAAGUUCCCCUUUUUUGUAGGAAAACAUUGGUACAUUGGUGGCCCUCUUUGUUGGGAACCUGCAUUCAUUUGGCUAUGGAUCGUGCGAGCAAGUGGAAUCAUGGGAAAAUGUAGUCUAAGAACAAAUCUGCAGUCAACCUGUGGUGUUUCACUCCAUUCUUCAACAGAGUGUGCCCUGUAUGGCUGUGUGUGUGCGUGCGUGCGUGUGUGUGCAUGUGCACAUGUAUACAUGCGUUACAUGUGCUUAUUAGUAUGUAUUUGUAUGUACAAUAACGUUCCAGACAUGUUAAAAUUCACACUCACCAAGAUCCAGACUCUAGUCUCAUAUCAGCCCAUUCCACCUGGGGGAAGUGAUCAGGGGAGGGUUUAUGUAAGGGCUGGGUUCAGAGGGGUGGGAUUAUUUGUAAAUCUGUCAUAUCAAAGGGGAAAAGGAAACCAAAAAAGAAAAGUAAAUUAAAAAACAUUUUACAAGACUCUAUGUUGUUGGUGUAUGUUUCAUGUCUUCAGAUUUUCACUUUUUUCUUUUAGGCUAUAUCAUGUCAAUGUAUAUUACAUUACAUUGAAAGACAUCUUAUCAAAAAUGUAAAAUGAGAAUAACUCAAAUAACUGUUAAAGUUGUCCUAAAUAAGCAAGUUAAUUUUAUUUCAUUUAAAAACCAGUGAUAUCCAAAUGUAAGUAAAUAAACCUCUAGGUUUCAUAAUUGUAAUAAUAAAGUGGGCAUCAUCUCAAAAGUUUUAGUAAAUAUAAAUUCUGAAAUAAAUGUUCUGCCAUCAUGAUCAAAGGUUGAGGAGGAAUACUGUAGAUCACACAAGUUUUAGGCCAUAUCCACACUUAUCCGUUUAAGUUUGAAAACGGUUUUCAGUUCCCCAAGUCAUAAUUAUGUGGUAAAGGACAGCGUUUUGAAACCCUCCAUUUUGGUGUAGGAAAAAAGCUGUUCUAGUGUGGAUGAGAGGCAUAAAUGUAGUGAAAUUAAUUUUCAACCAAAAAUGGAUUAGUGUGGAUGUGGCCUUAGACUUUAUGUAUCGUAAACUAUGUUAGUACACAAUAUUGUUUUGUGAGCACUUCGUGAUACUUUGCCUGUACGCCAAGAUCGAGCUACCCAUGCAAACAUAUUCACCAAUCUAUGCUGAAGACUGAAAUAAAAUGGACUUCCUUUUAAAAAGCCACAAAUGUGACAUGAAGGAUGUCUUUUCUCAAAAAGGGCAGGUCUAAUAAGAUUUUGCCUAAAAUGUGUCAAAAGUUAUUUAAGCUGUAAAGUUGUUUAAAUUGUCAUUUUUACAGUCAUUUUAGAGUUUGUUGACAUUACAUGGUCAUGGCAACGAAGUUGUAAAAUUGGCUAUAACGUUACACAGAAAAGGUUAAGUGAUUUUAUCAAACUAAAAUCAUGUUUGCAUGCAUAUUGUUUGUCUUGUGACUAUACUUUUAAAACAGUGAGUAUUUUAACAUUCAAAAAAAUUGGCCCCCAUUCACUUUCACUGAAAGUGCCUCACUGUGACCCAGAGUUGUGUUUUUUUUUUUUUUUUUUUUUAAAGGAGGGGCAAGUCAAAAUAAAUUUUUGAGGUAAUCAAUAUUAUGCCACAAAUGCUGUAGAUUGAGCUUAAUUUCUAUUGAACCUGGAAUAUUCCUUUUAAGUAAAUGGUGGAUUUAAUUUCAAUUUAAUGAUUCCCUAAUCUAAUGUCUCACCUGUCAAGUAUAGAAGUGGCAGCAUUAACCCUCUCAGCAUAAUUUAUACAGCCUGAAAGCU